CAUUUUUGUGUGUUGUUUUGAUUGACCUCAACGUUACAAUUUAACGCGUUUGAGAACAGAUCAUUUGAUCAAAGUUUUUUUUCAUUUUCUUGAUCGAUUAUUUUUGCUACUAUCAAUUCAAUUACGAUGAAUGUUGUCGAAAUCAAAAUCGAAGGAGAUAAGGCUGUGGUCAAGAACCCAGAAAUGUUGAAAGGACGAGGACAAACUGUGCCGUAUGAUCCUCGAUUUCCAAAUACCAAUCAAACAAGAAACUGCUAUCAAAAUUAUUUGGAUUUUUUCCGAUGCCAGAAAGUUAAAGGUGAAGAUUAUGAACCAUGUUCAUGGUAUAAAUUUGCCUAUAAUGAAUUAUGUCCACCCGGCUGGAUCGCUAAAUGGGACGAGCAACGAGAAAAUGGCAUCUUUCCCGGUCGUAUCUAAUAUGUACGAUACUGAUCGUAUGGCUAUGAAUAUUGGUUAUUCAUUGUAGAUUGAUUUCCAAAUUGAUACAUUAUUAUUAUUUGCAAAGAAAAAUAAAUUUGAGAUUAAAAUAAUUAUGAUUUUAUUUUCAUUUUAUUAGA